GUCGUGUUUGUUUUUAUUUUAUUUUUUAGUUUGUGUGGAAAUUUUUUUGUAUUAUUCUCUUUGAUCGUGCGAGAGUAAAUAUUGUUUAAGAGACGUUGGAGGUUGUUCAAUUGCAUUACUUGUCAAGUUGUUUGCUGCUGUGUUCAUAUGCUGGUAAUGAACUGAAGUGAACAUGGUUGACUACAGUAAAUGGAAAGACAUUGAAAUAUCUGAUGAUGAGGAUGAUACACAUCCUAAUAUUGAUACACCAUCAUUAUUCCGAUGGAGGCAUCAAGCACGAAUAGAACGCAUGGAAGAGCAGAAACGAGAAAAGGAAGAAAUUGAAAAGAGCAGAACAGCAAAUGAAAAUAAAUUAAAGGAAAUAAAGGAGAAAAUUAACAAAAGUGAGAAGAAUGGGACAGAAAAUUUGGAUCAACUGAAAGUCGCCCUUCUACAGCUCGAGAAAGAGGCUGAAGAAAUAAAGAAACGUGAAGAGGAAUUCAAGAAGAAAGAAAAGACAACUCCAUGGAAUGUUGAUACUAUUGGUAAACCUGGAUUUGCCAAAACUGUAAUAAACACAGCUCCAAAACCAAAACGAGAAGUUUUGUCUGAAGAGGAGCAAGGAAAGCGUUUGAAAGAACAUAUUGCGAAGUAUGAAAAGUUGAUGAAGAAUUUUGGAAUGCUGCGACGAUAUGAUGACAGCAAGCGUUUUCUGCAGGAGCAUCCAGAACUUGUGAGUGAACAUACAGCAAAUUAUUUGGUUAUUUGGUGCAUAAAUUUGGAGAUGGAGGAAAAACAUGACCUGAUGAAGCAUGUGGCUCAUCAGUGUAUUUGUAUCCAGUACAUGUUAGAACUGGCACAAAAACUAGAUGUUGAUCCAAGAGCAUGUGUUGGAUCCUUCUUCAGCAAAAUGGAAAUUGCUGAAGAAGAAUAUAAAAAAUCAUUUGAUGAUGAACUCCACUCAUUCAUAGAAAGGAUUCAGGUGAGAGCAGCUGAAAAGUUGAAGGCUGCCCUGGCCGAAGCUGAAGAAGAGGAACGUAAAGCAAGACUUGGCCCAGGAGGACUUGAUCCACUGGAAGUCCUAGAAACCCUCCCACCAGAACUGAAAAAGUGUUUUGAAGCUCAGGAUAUAAAACUGCUUCAAGAAACAAUUUUGAAGAUGCCUGAACAAGAAGCACAGUACCACAUGAAACGCUGCAUAGAUUCUGGCUUGUGGGUUCCAGAUGCCAAAAAGAAAGAAUCUACAGAAAAAGAAACUACAGCUUCUGAUGACCAAUAAGUUGUUUGAGAAACAGUGUUGGCCUUAAAAUAUUUCAUGUAUUUUUAUGUAUGUAUAUAAUAUUACAGUACUUAUGCAAAUUUUGUAAGUUACAUGUAAGUAUCAGUCAAUAAUAUCGAGAAACUACUUUUAGCUGCAGAAAUGAAGACAUUUGUUAUUUUAUGUAGACAGUUUUCAAAGAUGAAAUUAAAAAUAAAUUUUGUCUGUUUGUGAUUCACAUAUCUUGCUACAAAGGCAGACAAUGUUUGACAUAUUUAAACCAGAAACUAAAAAGGUAUGUGCGCUACUACUGUGUGUCACACUCACCGUCAGUCUUAAAGUAUUUCUUGCUGCUGACAAGAGGAAGACAUCAGGUGCUGAAUUGUUUCAUUGCUUUCUCUGCCUAAAAUUGACACAGAGUUUACUUGCAUUCAGAAAGCUAUGUAGUGUUCAUUACCGUUUUGGAGAAUUUACUUUGUGGACAAUUGCCAUAUGUUAGAAAAUAACUAUUGUCAGUUUUUUGCAUUACAAAGUUGCAACAUUUUGUAAUUGAGUCUGUCUUUUUAUCUUAAGGAAAUUAAAGAUUAUAAUAUAAUUAAA